AUGCUAGUGGACUGUUUUGUAAUUGUUGGCUUCAUUUGGGCCUUUUGCUUUGAUUUCUAUAAUUUGUGUUGGGCAGGCCGAUCCAUUCAAGGCCAUAUCCCUACAACUUUAUCUGAGUGUCACAGUUUGGUGUCCCUAAUUCUGCUUGAGAAUAAUUUCACCGGUACCAUUCCCCAAGGAGUCUUUGGCCUCUCUUCAUUAUCUGAGUUGGACUUGUCUCAAAAUCAAUUGACCGGUUUGCUUCCCAAAGAAGUAGGAAGUUUACUAAAUUUGGAGUUUUUAGAUGUGUCUCAAAACAUGCUAUCUGGUGAAAUUCCGGCAAGUCUAGGUAGCUGUAUAAAAACAGAACAUCGAAACAUGAAAGGAAACUUCUUCCAAGGGACAAUUCCAUCAUCUCUACGUUCACUAAGAGGUAUUGAAGAUUUAAAUCUCUAUCGCAACAAUUUCUCAGUCAGGAUCCCAAAGUUCUUGGAGGAUUUUAAAUAUUUAGAAUCUUUGGAUUUAUCAUAUAACAAUUUUGAGGGCAUAGUACCAAUCAAAGGAGUUUUCAGAAAUGCCACUGCCACAUCGGUCAAAGGAAACAGUUGCGGCGGCAUCCCUGAGUUUCGAUUGCCAAAAUGCAAACUUCAACAUGCCAACAAGAGAAGAUUGAGCCUAACCAUGAAAUUGGUAUUCUUUGGUUUACUUGGAGUCACUUUUGCACUAACUUUUUUGUCCCUCCGUAGCUCACAGAGAGAAAAAAAGGAGCACACUUCAAGUGAUUCAGACCAAUUUCUCAAUGUGUCUUACCAAAGUCUUCUGAAAGCUAGUGAGGGAUUCUCCCCUGCCAACUUGAUUGGUAAGGGCAGUUUCGGGUCAGUUUAUAAAGGAGUUAUUGAGAACAGUGAAACAACAAUUUGCCAUCAAGGUACUAACCUCCUUCAUCCUGCAGCUUCCAAAAGUUUCUUUGCUGAGUGUGAGGUCUUGAAAAAUAUCAGACACCGUAAUCUUGUGAAGGCACUUUCCGCAUGUUCUGGAUAUGAUCAUUGUGGUGACGAUUUCAAGGCGUUAAUUUAUGUGUUAAUGGUUAAUGGGAGCUUAGAGGAAUGGUUGCACCCGACUCAAAAUACGGGUGACACAGAUGAGAAACCAAGGAGUUUAACUUUUUCUCAAAGGCUGAACAUUGCUAUUGAUGUAGCUAUGGCGUUGGAUUAUCUCCACCACCAUUGCCAAACACCAAUAGUUCACUGCGACUUGAAACCUAGCAAUGUUCUUCUUAAUGAUGAUAUGGUUGGACAUGUAGGUGACUUUGGGUUAGUAAGAUUCCUUCACAAAACUACUUCUGGAAAUCAUUCGAGCUCCAUGGGAGUAAAAGGAACAAUUGGCUAUGCUCCUCCAGUCCUCACUUCAGGGAAAGAACUAGAAGGAAGUGCAAUCGUGAAUGAACUGGAUUUAAGUGGUAGUAACUUGGAAAUAAGUGGUGAUUCUCAUCCACAUGAACUUGUAAACGUGAAUGACUUGGAUUUAAGUGGUGGUAAUUUGGACUUAAGUAGUGAUUUGCAUUCACGAGAAAAUGAAGAUGAGAUGGGCAAUCCUGCAACGUCAUCAACUGCCACAGAGCCGUCAUCCUUCUUGUCACCGCCUCUGUUCGAUUAUGAUACCCAUAACCAUUUGGUUCUUUUCUCGGACAUAAAAGCAUAUGAGGUGGAUUUGGGAACAGAUGGUAGGCACUGCUUCUGCAAAGAGAGUGAAUUGUUGGCCGUAGUUGAAUAG